AUGGAUCAGGCCAUGGCCAAGAUGAUCCAUGAUCACAACAUGGCCGAGUUCCUCUCUGACGUGCUGCACGUUUGGACCGUCCCGGCCCAGUCCAAGCGGGCUUACCAGAAGAUUCUGGAGCCUACCAAAUAUCCCCCUCCGCAAGCCCCUGCCAAUGCAGACAUCGAGCCGGCCAAAGAAGCUACUGCCAACGGCGGCACAAAGUCCAAGGGCGAACUCUUCCCAAACAAGGUUCCAUUCAAAGCCAGUGGAAAUCUCGACGCACAGGCAUUCCUGGAACACGCUGCCAGGCUCAGGGUGGCUAAUCAGAAGACCCCUCCAAAGCCCGCUGUGCCAACCUCAAAGCGACGUAUCAUUUUCUCGAAUCUCCCGUACUGGUGGAAUGUCGAGCACGUGAUGUGUCUGGUUCACGGGGGUCCUAUCGACCAAAUCAUGGUCUACACCCAUGAGGUGCAUGUGGAUUUCAUUUUUGAAAAGGACUGCAUCGCAUAUGGCGCUGCUUACCCCUGGGGCAUCGACAUGGAUGAUCAGACGAUCGGGGUCAAGGUUGACUUUCCCAUCGAGGAAGACCCAGCUCCGGUGACCCUGCACAAGGCUGGAAUGUCUCGUGUCGUGAGAGUUAAUUUUCACGAAGAUAAGCCUGUGUCAUGGCUUCUAGGCCUGGUCGACCGUGACAAGGUUGAACACAUAGUAUGCCACACCAGCCCAGACUUGAACACCACGGUGUUUUACUUCCUGAGAAGCAUCUCCUAUGGUGCAAGAGUCUUUAAGUGGUUCGAGGACAAUUGGCCCCUGUCUGUACCCAAGUUUGAAACGGAUCCAUGUCAGCUUGAGAAGGCGUUCCAUUUUAACACUUACCCCCGAUCCCCGAUGCUUGAAGCCAAGCGACACAAGAUCCCGUCUGAGCUUCUCCCGGAGGAGCCAGGGUACAUGGAGUACAUCGUGGAACAGGAUAGCAGUGAUCGGUACAUCACGAAUGGCAUUGCCGCAGGGGUUCGUGCAGGCUUCGAUGAAGCCAUGUUAAACGAAUCUGUUGAACGCCGGGCCAUUCCCCGCCCGCAACAAGUCGCCGCCCAGCACGUCAUCCAGGGUGACAGCAAUGGAGGCAGCAAUGGAAACAGCACUGGGAACGUGCCCCACCCAGUCUUUGAGGAGACUCAUGAUGUUGAGACUCGUGGUACAGAGGCUUUUGAUGUUGUGAAUGACGGUGACAGUGAGGGUACCAGGGAGAGCGACUGGAGUUCGGUUCCCUCCGUUCCUUUCUGA